AUGUCUUCACGCAAUUUCACUCCGCAAUUUCACUCUGAUCUCAUGACCGUCCAAGAAAACAAGCGGAAGUGCGAGGAUGACCACCAAGUUUCCUCGAGCACCAGAACCUCAGAAGACGGAAUAACGGUAAUAGGGUAUGAUGAGGAAACCACUCUACCCACUUGCUAUGCUCCCAUCGAGGACCCAACAAGCCAGGAUGACUGCAACGACAGUAACAUCCCUUCAUUUCACACUUACAAUUCUCCACCACCAUAUUGUCGACCCGACGAGGUGAAUUGGGAACAAUACAAUCUAACAUCUGAUAAGAUGAGAGAAUUUGGAUAUAAUCACCGAGGAGAAUUCAAGAUCAUCGAUGAGGAUGUGAGAUAUACUGAGUUUAUGGUAAUGCAGGCCAUUGAUACAUUGGAUCCAAAGACGAUUGAUCAAGGGAGAUUUAUCAAUAAUUUUACCGGUAGACUGGACCUUGCGCCGAGAUGGCAAUAUAAGUUUGGGAAAGUAGCUUCGACAGCCUCACAAGUUGAUGAGGAGGAAGAGACCGAACAGGGUGGUGGAUCUGAUUGUAUAGUAUAUGGUUGA